AUGCUGAAAUAUUUGUUGUUCUGCACUUUGAUUGCACCCCUAGUUUGGGGUACACCGUUGCCUGUGGCACAAAGCGAUAUUGCUUCGCACAUUGUCAUCGUUACACCACAGGCUCAAGUCCAUCUGGAGCCAGCUAUUAAAUAUGAUACCGCAGCUUUCAUCCACCACCUCUCGCCAAUAGCUCGUAUCGCCGCACCGCAUGAAGAGACAAUUGUCUAUGUUCCCGCUAGUGCUGGCGCUCCGAUCAUUCCCGUUGAAAACGUUGGCUUAGGCCGCGCCAGUGCUAACGAACAGCCACAGAAGCUGGAGACCAAGCAAUGGGAUCAGAUUUCACAGCAAAUUCAGCAAGCAGUACAAACCGGAUCAGCACAGUUAGGUCCUCAACUGAGCGAAGCAGCGUCAGCAGCCUCUAGUGCUGCUGCAGCCGCUGGUCAAGGCCUAUUUCCCGCUCUAUUCCCACCAGCUGGGCCUGGCUCUGGCGUUAGCUCAGCAACUAGCGCUGCUAGCAAGGACGACAAACCGAGAAUCACCUACGAACUUCCUGCCAAUACCGAAGCCUUGCUACCCAACAGCGCACGCAUCUAUGCGCUAACACCGGGCGUAUCACAUGUCGUCGAUUUCGUCCACUCGCCCAUAUUCGUUGGCCCAAUCUCGGCAAUACGAGCACGCAGUAUUCUAUCAGACGACGCUCAGGCACCACUGACGGCUGUUCCAUUAUUGGAAGUUACUGAAGAAUUGCCAUUGAAAGAUAUCACUAAAGACUUGCAAGAAGCUAAACAAACACAAUCGAAGCAAGAACUUAACAAUAAGCCGGACUAUGGCAGGUUCUUGGGGGCGAAUGCAUUGAAAGACCCAGAAAAGAAGCCAUUGGAUGAAAGUGAGGUGAAGAAAGAAAAGUUUUCGGAGGAUCAAUAUUUGGAUACCAGCAACAAGUUGUCUGAGCCUUUAAAGGAAGGACUUCUUCAAGUAGCUUUACCAGAACAACCUGCGAAACUUAAGAUCGCAUCCUCUACCGAUAUAAAUGUAGGAGUUCAAGAAGAAGCCUCUAAAGGUGUCAUCCGUGAACCGCAGCCUCAAUCUAAGGUUGCUUAAAU